UUGAUUCACUUUCUGUGUUGACACUUGACUGUCGAUAUUGUUUUGGGAUUUAGGUUAGAAAAUAUUUUCCGUUCUCGUGAUGGGAGACUCUAAUUUGAAGCCCAAGAUUAACACUGGAGGACAAGAUCCGGUGCUCAAGCAGGCGGAGCUCGAUUAUAUGAAAAUUAUUGAACAGAAAAAUCGCGAACGUGUCCAGAAAUUACAUCAGAUUUCCAGAAGAAAUAGAAUUACUGGUUUCGCGAUCGGCGCUGGUGUACUCAGUAUUUAUAUGUAUUCUAUUUUCGCUGUGAAGCAGGAGACGUUCCUCGACGAUUUCAACGAGCCAGUUAAAGUCCAGCAAUAAUGGCGACGUCUAGAGCCGUACGAGUUAGAUUGCC